AAGGUAAAGGAAAGAGUGCAAGCAGAAGCCGAUCAAGCAGAGGAAAGGGUGCACGCAGAAGUCGAUCAGGUGCAAGCAGAAGCCGAUCAAGAAAAGGAAAGGGUGCACGCAGAAGUCGAUCAGGCAAAGGAAAGCGUGCAAGCAGAAAAGGUAGAAAGGGUGCACGCAAAAGCCGAUCAAGCAGGCGAAAGCGUGUAAGCAGAAAAGGAAAG